AUGGACUUUAAACUUCCUGGUGCACCGUCAAACUUAGUCAUCUCCAACAUCAGCCCUCGAACAGCAACAAUUCGGUUCCGCCCUGGUUCUGAUGGAAAGACCCCCAUAUCACAAUGGAUUGUAGAAGGCCAGGUGGUGAAGGAAGAGAGAAAGCCAGGUGUGUGGGGAGUUGUCUACCAGAAAGACAACCAGCCAGAUGCUGACACGCUGGAGAUCCCCAACCUCACUCCAUUUACACAAUACAGGUUUAGAAUGCGUCAGGUGAACAUAGUGGGCUCCAGUCCAAUGAGCGCCCCCUCCAGGCUCAUUCAAACCCUACAGGCUGCCCCUGACACCCAUCCCUCUAACCUCACUCUGCUGUCCUCAACGAAGACCAGCCUGCGCUUCAACUGGAAG